GUGCACGUGCCUCGAACAAGGUCAGCGCUCAGCUGUGUGUGCAAGACCGCGCAUCCUCCUCGCCACCCCAUUCGAACUUCCUGCACGUCUGCCGGUGGUUCUGUCAGCUGUCGGUACCGUGCAAUGUUAGAAGAUAAAUAUAUUGGAUUGGCUCUCGCCAUAUCCGGCUCGUUUGCUAUUGGAACGAGCUUCAUCAUAACUAAGAAGGGCCUCACGGAUGCAGGCGCACAGAAUUCCGCUUAUUCUUCCGAGGAUUAUGGUUAUCUUCGAAACCCGACGUGGUGGGCUGGGAUAACAACACUGGUUUUUGGCGAAAUCGCAAAUUUUGCGGCAUACACCUUUGCCCCCCCAAUAUUGGUGACGCCGCUUGGUGCACUGAGUGUACUCAUCGGUGCCAUUCUUGCAUCUUUCCUUCUGAACGAGGAGCUCGGACACCUUGGGCGAAUGGGAUGUGCAUUGUGUUUGAUUGGUUCUCUUAUCAUUAUCCUUCAUGCUCCAGCAGACAAAGAAGUCGAAACAGUGGAUGAAAUAUUGCACUACGCCAUUCAACCGGGCUUUAUGUUGUACUGUUUUAUCGUCCUCAUAUUUUCAUUGGUCAUGAUUUUCAAUGUCGCCCCUCGCUACGGCCGCUCAAACCCUUUUGUUUACAUAUCGAUUUGUUCUGUGGUCGGUUCCGUAUCCGUCAUGGCCAUCAAAGGGUUUGGAGUCGCCGUCAAGCUGACCCUUGGCGGGAAUAAUCAAUUCACUCAUCCGAGUACAUACGUCUUCGGCAUCGUUGUCGUGGGAUGCAUUCUAGUGCAAAUGAAUUUCUUCAACAAGGCGCUUGACACCUUCUCUACUAACGUGGUAAACCCCAUGUACUACGUGGGAUUCUCCACAGCGACCAUUGUCGCCUCUCUCAUCCUAUUCCAAGGUUUUAACACCACGGACGGAACUAAUACGGUAACGCUACUUUUGGGUUUCAUCGUGACUUUCCUGGGUGUCCAUCUUCUCAACCUCUCUCGGCGAUCGGAUCCUGCAUCACUUGCCAACGGUCACAGCACGCUCGAGUCUGGCUUAUUGAAUCCGCGCAUGAGCUUGCAGGGUCGCCCAUCGCUUGAUGGGUGGGGUGCGACGUCUGAGGUCGGACCUGAUGGAUUUUUGCGAUCUGCACAUGGCAGAAGAAGCUCUCUAUAUCGAGUGCAGAGUGCAACUCUUUUCAACGCAUUCGAGGAGGGUUCCCGAGGUGAUGUGCCGUUGUCUCAAUUGAGGGAGAGUGAAGAAGAUCAAGAUGUCGAAUCUGAUGGCGAUGUCGAUGAGCGGACAAGAUUGCACUCAACACAUAGCAGACGACCUAGUGUCCCUCGAAGCCAUAGUAGUUCUCCUGCGCUGCAGGGCAGUGCCAGAAGUUCACCCCGGCCACUUCAUAAACCUGUCUAGAGUAGAUACCCAUCGCAUGGACACUUGCUGCAGUACUUCCACUAUAAUACAUCUCUCAACCCAUGCUGUACUGUGUGGGUUGGCAGUGUUGUCACAUACUGUAAUGUACGCGAGUAAGAAUGUCUUGAAUUUGAGAGCCGAGCAUCCAUUUGUGUGGUAACAAUUGCAUGCAGCU